AUGGCGAUGGCCAUCGCGCUGGACCUGGAGUCGGCAGCUUACGGUGGCGGCAAGCACGUGGCCGGCGUUUCCUAUGAUUUCAAGAAAGCCUUUGACCUCAUUCCUAUUGAGAUCAUGCUUCAGGCGUUCAACGGAAUCAUCCAGGGGGACGCUUUGUCGAUGAUCGCGCUGAACAGCAUCGUCAGCUGCAUCCUGGAGACUUCUGGCACGCACGCGGCGGCCGGGAUCACGGAGCGCUCCUACGCCGACGACAUCUCAGCAGUGACGGCCAUGGAGACGCCAGAGGCAGCAAAGGAGGGGGUCAGACGAUUUCACGGUGUCGUUCGCGCCUUCACUGGGGCGGGGGGCGGCGAGAUCAACCUCAAGAAAUGCUUCACCUUUGGCGAUGACUGUGCUCGCGGUGUUCUGGGGGACGAAGUGCGCCACUUUCGACAGUUUGGAAUCGUGGGCGAUUCUUUUGCAGUGCGCGAGAGCGCAGAUGCUGAGACAGAGCUUGAACUGCAGCGGCUGGCGAAGUGGAAGCUUACUGUUGGCAGAAUCCGGCACGUCCCGAGGUCUUGGCGAGACCGGGCGCGGAUGAUGCAGGCCACGCAAGCGCAGGCUUUCUUCGCGCAAGGCACCCACGCAAUGGUCGCCGAUGUUGCGGAACUACGCGAGGUGCGCACGGCUGUUAUGCAGGCGCUGUGGAAGGUAGACCACUACUCCUUGACCCCACUGGUCACUUUCGCGCUGCUCGCCCCGGUGCAGCUUGACGCGGAGUUCGGUGCCGUCUACGAAGGCCUCAGAGCGGUCAUGCGGGCGAUGCGCGUUCCUGCGCUGGCGACGACGCUCAAGGAGCGAUUUGGCAGCGUGCCGACCGCCCGGCGGGAUGGCCCAACCUUGCGUCUGCGCGUGCUUAGCCGUUCUGGUGUUUUUGGGCCCCUUGUUGGCAGGCUCCUGGACGGUGCCGUGACGGACAAGCAGACGGAGGGCGAGUGGCUGCACGACUUGCGGGAUGCGUGGAGACGCGCCCUCUGGCAGCGCUUGGUGAAGGAGCGGGGGCACCAGGACGGCGGCGCCGAGGACGUUGACCGAGUACGCACAAUGAUCUUGCACGACCGGCUCCAGGAGCAGGCGUCUGCGGAGGAGGAGGCCCAAGAGGAGGAGGCUGCAGAGGCCCGGGCCAAGCUGGGCGUACUCUGGCGGAUACUUGCAGGCGGGCUCCUCACCAACGAGCGCGUGGGGAGGCACAAGAAGGAGGGAUCCUUGGCCUGUGCCUGCGGCGCUCCGGAGGCGACGGUGGAGCACGUUACGUGGGAAUGCAGCCAGUACGAGCCCGCACGACAGCGUCUGCUGGCGGAGCUGCCAAGAAUCACCUUUUUGGCAUUGUGCACGAGAUAUGCGGGGAUCAUCCCUGCCAGCAGCCCGCUGACGCAGCGCCAGUCGGUCCUGCUGCAAACCUUCAUGCUGACAGUGUGGAGGGAUCAGGUGCAGCGCUGGCACCGAGGAGACGACCUCCUGCAGGUGGCAGAGCCCGAGGCACCGGCGCCGGCUGGACAGGAGGGCGCCGCAGCUGCAGCUCAGCAGGGGCACGCCGAGAACGGGCACCACCUCGAACGCCGGGUGGGCGCCGACGGCCUGUGGUGCCGGAAGUGCGGAAAGUUCGUCCAGAGGACGCAGCACGUCCGCCUCAAGAUCACGGGCCGCCGCUGUGAGUUCCCAGAUCUCCCGCCGGAGCGCUGGCUCCAGCGCGAGGGGCAGCGCCAGGCGGAGAGUCGCCUUGACCAGUUGUGGCGGGACACGGAGGAGCGCUACAACAAGGGCGGGCACGUCUUGACGUGGAACAGGCGGACCGGCAAGGUGGCCGGAGCAGCCGAUGAGGGCUGGAUCGAGUGUACCGCCUGCGGGAGCAAGUGGCGCUGGGCUUAUAGAUGCAAUAACUUGCCGCGCACCCAGUGUGCCGCUCUGGGAGCAGGUGUGGCUAAGUUUGUCACCGAAGGGAUCGCGAAGAUCGUGGAGGUGCCGCAGGUAGGAAACGUCGAGGAUAUCCUCCACUCGCCGAAGGCUUUGACUGAAGAGGUCGAGGAGAUCAUGGAGGUGCCGCAGGCAGAGUACGUCGAGAAGAUCGUCCACGUGCCGAUGGGUGUGACCGACGAGGUCGAGGAGAUCAUGGAGGUGCCGCAGGAAGGGCACGUCGAGAAUAUCGCCCAACUGCCGAAGGCUGUGACCGCAGAGGUCGUGAAGAUCGUGGAGGUGCCGCAGGUGGAGGAUGUCGAGAAGAUCGUCCACGUGCCGAAGGCUGAUACCCAUGAGGUCGAAAAGAUCGUGGAGCUGCCGCAUUCAAAGUACGAUGAGAAGAUCGCCGAGGUACCGAAGCGUGUGACCGCAGAGGUCGAGAAGAUCGUGGAGGUGCCGCAAGUAGAGAUCGUCAACGUGCCGAAGGAUGUCACCGAGGUCGAGAAGCUCGUGGAGGUGCGGCAGGUAGCGCACGUCGAGGAGAUCGUCCACGUACCGAAGGCGAUGACCCACGAGGUCGAGAAGAUCGUGAAGGCGCCGCAAAGCGAGUACGUCGAGAAGAUCGUCGAGGUGCCGAAGGGUUUCACCGGAGAGGUCGUGAAGAUCGUGGAGGUGCCGCAGGUAAAGUACGAUGACAGAGUGCCGAAGAAUAUGACCGAAGAAGUCGAGAAGAUCGUAGAGGCGCCGCAGGCAGAGUACGUCCAGAAGGUCGUCCACGUGCCGAUGGCUGCGACCGAAGAGGUCAAGAAGAUCCUGGUGAUGCCGCAGGUUGAGUGCGCCCAUAAGAUCGUCCACGUGCCGAAGGCGGUAACCCAUGGGAUCGAGAGGAGUGUGGAGGCGCCGCAGGUAGAACACGUCGAGAAGAUCGUCGAGGUGCCGAAGGUUGUGACCCAAGUGGUCGAGACGAUCGUGGAGGUGCCGCAAGUAGAGUACGUCGAGAAGGCCGUCCACGUGCCGGAGGUCACGACCUACGAGGUCGAGAAGGUCGUGGAGGCGCCGCAGGUAGAGUACGUCGGGAAGAUCGUCGAGGUACCGAAGCGCGCGACCGAAGGGGUCGAGAAAACCGUGGAGGUGCCGCAGGUAGAGAUCGUCCACGUGCCGAAUGCUGAGGUCAAGAAGAGCGUGGACGUGCUGCAGGUAGCGCACGGCGAGGAGACCGUCCACGUGCCGAAGGCGAUGAUCCACAGUGGCGAGAAGAUCCUGAAGGUGCCGCAGGGCGAGUACGUCGAGAAGAUCGUCGAGGUGCCGAAGGAUGUGGAGAUGCAGAUCCAGGACCAGGUCGACGACGAGGCCGAGGAGGUGCAGGAUGUGAAGAUCGAGGCCGAUGAGGAGGCUGCUCCCUCCGAGGAAGCGCGUCUGAAGGCCGAGGAGGAGGAGGAGGCAGUGAAGCUGCAGGCUCAGGAGGAAGAUCGGCUGAAGGCCGAGGCCGAGGAGGAGACUCGGGAAGCGGAGGAGGCCCGGCUGAAGGCCGAGGAGGUUGAGGAGGAGGAGGAGGAGGAGGAGGCGGCGAAGGUGAAGGCUGCGGAGGAGGCUCGGCUGAAGGCCAAGGCCGAGGAGGAGGCUCGGAAAGCAGAGGAGGCCUGGCUGAAGGCUGAGGAGGAGGAGGCGACGAAGCUGAAGGCCGCAGAGGAGGCUCGGCUGAAGGCCGAGGCCGAGGAGCAGGCCGCUCCCUCCGCUGAGGCCGAGGAGGAGGAGGAGAAGCGCAAGGGCAGCAACCGGCACAUCUACGUGGAGAAUCUGGACAUGAGCAUCGACAACAACAAGGCUCUCUUCGACACGUUCAGCCUCUUCGGCAGCAUCGUCUCUUGCUAUGUCGCCUCCAGCCCGCAGGGGAAGUCGUACGGCUUCGGCUUCGUUUACUACGAAACCGAGAAGGCGGCGCAGCAGGCGGUGGAGCGCGUGAACGGGAUGCAGAUCGGCGAGAAGACGGUCCUCGUGAGCCACCUGGUCAUGCGGCCCUCCGCCACCCAGCCCAGCCAGCCCAGCGCCUGCUCCUCCGACCCGCACGGUAGCCCCCCCGCCCUCGGCACCCAGAUGCGGCCACGAUGGGACGGCAUGGGCAGCGACGACUCCGCUUCGACCGUGUCCGGUGGCCCCUUUCCUGGCUGGCUGACGGAGAACCGGUUUGCCCCUCUGGCAUACGGAGUACAGGGUGGGCCGUGA